AUGGAGUGCUCUAACCAGUCUGCGCCAACGGAGUUUAUCCUUGCUGGGUUGCGAUACCCGAAAGGACUAGAGAUCCCUGUCUUCCUGUUCUUCUUGAUUAUGUACAUUCUGACCCUCUCUGGAAACUCCCUGAUCCUCUGGGUGGUGGUGUCUGACCUCCAAUUGCAUAAGCCCAUGUACUGGUUCCUCUGCCAUUUAUCCGUUAUGGACAUGGCUUUCUCCUCUGUUGUUGUCCCCAGAGUGAUUGCGGGGUUUGUUCCCGGUGGCAAAGUCAUUUCUUUGGGGGAAUGCGUAUCUCAGUUGUUCUUCUUCCACUUCCUGGGUUGCACAGAGUGCUUCCUCUACACCCUGAUGGCUUAUGACCGCUUCUUGGCUAUUUGUAGGCCUCUCCAUUACAGCAGCCUCAUGAACUGGAGAGCCUGCCUGGGCCUCUCCUUGGGUACAUUUAUUGGAGGCUGCUUGAACUCAAUGGUCGAGACAAUCCUCACCUUUCAAUUGCCCUUUGGCCAACGAAACCUGGUGGACUAUAUCUUCUGUGACAUUCCAGCUGUACUAAAGUUGGCUUGCGCUGACACAAGACUCAAUGAGAUGAUGGUCGUGAUUGACGUUGGGCUGGUGGUCAUGACCUGCUUCCUCCUCAUCCUGACCUCCUAUGUGUAUAUUGUGGCAGCCAUUUUGAGGAUCAAAAGCAAAGAAGGGCGUCGCCGGGCUUUCUCCACCUGCUCAGCCCAUCUUACAGUGGUGGGCAUCUAUUACAUACCUGUGCUGUUCCAUUACCUGAGACCAACUUCUCAGGACUCAAUGGAUGGUGUGAUAUGUGUGUUGUAUACUGCCAUAACUCCGUUUCUGAAUCCUAUGAUAUACACACUUAGGAACAAGGACAUUAAGCUCGCUCUAAGGAGACACUGGGGUAAGAACUCUGAAUAG